AUGUUCGAAGAGAACCUGAAGCCAACAAUUUCCGCGGCUUUCAGGCUGAAAUCAAUGGUUUUUAAUGGAGUCGAACAUGAAAUGCAAUUUUGGGAUACAGCUGGUGAAGAAAAGUUUAGAUCUCUUGCUCCAAUAUAUGUGCAAAACGCUUCAUUGGCAAUAAUUGUUUUUGAUGUUACAAAUGAACAGAGCUACAAUGAACUUAAUAUCUGGAUUGAUGUUUCUCAAUCUAGUGGAAAGAUACCAUUUAUAGUUUUGGGAAAUAAAAAUGAUCUUGAGAAUCGUAUCGGAACCUCUGAAGCAUUCAAUACACAAAUCAAAGAAAAAUUUGAUGCCCCAUAUAUUGACUGUAGCGCUAAAACAUGUGAAGGUGUCGAAUUGGUAUUACAACAAGCACUGACAAUUAUUGAUAAUCAAUCUCAUGAAUACACUGUUAAGGAGCCAGUAAUGCAAGAAAAGAAGAAAGAAAAGUGUUGCUAA